GAUCUCAGCACGCCUUCAACUUUUCCUUGUUUCGCUUCCUUUCGCUCCUUUUCUCCUUGCUGUCUUAGUGCAUGCCUCAUCUCGAUCAUUCCAUACGACAUUAAUGGCUCUUAAGCGCCAACUGCGCCCUCGUCAGGGCCCUGCUAGCGACUCUAGCGCUGGUCAAGCCACCUCUGGAAAUUCUGGAGUCGCAGGACAGGUUUCGGCUACGGAUGGUACUGGAGCAGCUCUUCCUGAUACGAGUGCCACGGGUUCAGGAGGAAGUGCUGGGCCGUCGACACCCCCACCGAGCGACACAAGCGGGAGCACAUCCAUAAGCACGAGUGCUUCGUCGACUAGCUUGACGUCGGAGAGUUCGACGAUCUCCUCUACGUCAUCGACGGCAAUCAUAACGACUAGCAGCAGCAGCGAGUCGUCCUUUUCAACGUCGACGUCGAGCUCAACGUUCUCCACGACUUCUGUACCGCUGUCUACUACGUCCACGGUGGCCACCAUUACCUCGACGAUAUCACUCCCACCCACCACCACCACGUCGUCAGCGCCGUCUACCACCUCCCAAACAGAGACCACCACCCCUUCGCCGUCUACCACCACGACCUCCUCCGAUUCAAGCACGACUUCUCUCACCACGAUUGUUACCUCCAUAUCUGGCCAGCUCACCACGUAUACCACGAACAUGCCCACGUCGCUCGCCACCUCCGAUUCGGGCUCGAGUAACGUCAACCGCACGGCCCUCAUUGCUGGCGUCACCGCCGCCGCUGUCGUCCUCGCCGCUCUUGCUCUCGGUGCCGUCUUCAUCUACAAACGCGCCCAGAAACGGCGGAUCGGGUUCAUGGAGACUAUCAAGCGCAUCAGGCGGGAAGGCAAGGGCGCAGGUGCCGUUGGACUGCUCGACGACGAGUUUGAGGAUACAACGAGGUAUCGGGAUCUGCCGAACGCGCCCGUGUCAGUGCCUCGAUCUGUUCCGCCUCCCUCUCCUCCGCCUUCCGAACCUUUGAAUUACUCGACAGCUUCACUCGUCCGUGGUGACUCGGGGAGCAUGUUCCGUGAAGAGGUCUGGCCACCACCACGUGAGGCGAGUAGGCAUUCUCGAGAGCCGAGCAUCGAGGAGGAUCCUUUUAGGGCUAUCAUGCCCUCGCCUCUUCCGCCUGGAGCUGCCUAGU